CUUUGGUGAUAUCAUAGAAAAGAAAAACUGUCUCUGUAAUUAGUUUGUAACUUUAUAAUACAACUCUGCACUGCACUGCACUGCACAACAGAACAAACAAACGUUCGCAUUACCAAAUGUUUAGAAGGAAUUUAACAAGAUGGCAGGGAGUGCGGUUUAAUGGUACAACUACUAAACAAUUUAUUAGAUCUCGACCAAAAGUUCGAGAUCUUAUUCGAGCUCCAAUAUUUAAAUCAUUCUUUUUAACUAUAGUACUUGGUACAGUGGUUGUAGAUUAUAUUAAGACUAAGAAAGAUUAUGAAUUAUUAGUACGAACUCAUGAAUCAAAAUUUACUGUUUUACAAGAUUUAAUUAAUAAUUUAAAGAAUGGUGAUAAAGUAGAUGUAGCAAGAGAAUUAAAAAUUGCUAAUACUCUUACAAAGAAUAGAUAUGGUACAGUUACUGAUAUAGAAGUAGAUGAAGAACUUGAAAAAUUCUUAAAGAUGGCCGAUUCUCAAUUAGAAUCAGAUGAAUUCGUUGAGAAAUUAUCCAAUAGUUCAAAUACAACUACAACUACAGCUACAAGUGAAUCAGAUGUAAAGACAGAUGUAAAGACAGAUUCUAUACCUGCACAACCAAUAAGAGUCGAAUCAAGUAAGUUCUUAUAAGUCAUAUAAGUUCUUAGUUCUUAUAAGUUCAUAUAAGUUCAUAUGAUACAUAGUUUAAUAAUUUAUUUAUACAUAUAUUAUAUUGUUAAUACACACAAGAAGUAAAGUUAUA